CUCUCCUGAGAUCAAUAACGCGUCCGCUGGAGGGUUCUGGUUAUUGUGAGGACGGAAGAUCUGAAGGAGGCGGGACCAGCCUGAACCCAACGAUGUGCGGCCUCCGUCAGCGCUAGCGCCCCCUCUGGGCAGGAUGAUGUACCUGGCCCACACGGCCCACUGGCAGUUGCUGGGCCUGGUGACGGGGGUCCUGGCGUGGAUCCUCAUCAUGGCCGCGACCGGCCUGAACGAGUGGCGCCUGUGGUUCGUGGACGACGUGACCGUCGUCACCUCGGGCGUGGCCUGGGUGGGCAUCUGGCGGGCGUGCUUCUACAGCCACGCCCUGUCCGGGAUAGAGAACUGUCGCGGCAUCGGCCUCUCGGACCCGUUCGCUCCGGCGGAGAUCGCCGCCGCUCAGGUGCUGAUGGUGCUGGCGCUGCUCUGCGGCCUGCUGGGGAACGUCGGCGCGGCGGCGGCCCUGAGGAUGGUCUACUUCUCCGCGUUGGAUCGCGGGAACGUGCGGCUGGCGUUCGCGGCGGCGGGGGCGACGUACCUGACGGCGGGAUCGCUCUGCCUGGUGCCGCUCGGCUGGAACAUGAGCGUCGUGCUGAACAACGGCAGCAUCGACUUCCCCCCCGAGUUCCACCUCCCCGACGCGCCGGUCCGGCAGCAGGUGGGGUCGGCCAUCGGCAUCGGCGUCUUCGCCUCCGCGCUGAUGCUCGUAAGCGGGAUGCUUUUCCUCGGCUACCGCUACGCCCCGGAGGCCCCUAGAGACACCGGGGACCCCCGGACUCAAACGGCCCUGGCACCGAACGGAGACCACCAGGGCCGAGAUAAUCCUGCAUUUCACAGUGAAGAAGUCUCUUGA